AUGUCCGUCCCGAAAUCCUCCUCACCACCGCCCUCUCCCGUCCCCACCGCCAUCUCUGCACAGGAACCGCGUCUCACGACCCUUCUUCUCGAGUCCGACGCCCAGUCCCUAGAUGCAGCCUGCCAGCACCCUUUCCUGCGUCUCGCGGGGUCAGGAAGUCUACCGAAAUCGACCCUGUCGCGCUGGUUGUCCCAAGACAGACUGUACGCCCAGACGUACAUUGGCUUCAUCGGCGCCCUGAUUGCCCGGGUCGACCUGCCCCACGGCCACAUCCCGGAAAAGGACAAGGACAAGCAGUCCAGCUUGCGCUGGCGCAUUGUGCGACUGUUAAGCUCCGCGCUCGAGAACAUUCUUCGAGAACUCGCCUUCUUCGACACAACCGCUCGGAAAUACGGCCUGAGCCUCGACGCCCCGAGCCGCUCCGACGGCGUCUUCGCCGCUGAGCCGGCCACGCAAGAAUACAUCGACCUCUUCCGCUCUUUCGGGGCAGAUCCCUCGAGAUCACUCCUCGAAGGCCUCGUCGUGUUGUGGGCCACUGAAAACGUCUACCUCCGCGCAUGGACGCACGCGGCCAUGUUCACAAACGCCACCGAAGAGAAUAGAUCCAAGGACGGCGAUUCUGCCGCCGACCUGGACUCUGGCGCCCUGCGCUCCGCCUUCAUACCAAACUGGUCGUCUAUCGAAUUCGAAGAGUUUGUGGACGAGAUCGCAGAGGUUACUGACCUGCUGGCUGAGCGCGAGGGCGCGCUUGACCACGGAUUGGACGUCUACAUGGCAUUGUGGGCACGUGUUCUCGACGUGGAGGCGCGCUUCUGGCCACAGGUUUGA